AUGGUUAACCGCGCUAACUGCAGCCAAAUCGAUCCUGCUGCGGCAAGUGAUUUGGGCGAGUACUCCGUCUGGGGUAACAAUUCGUUGUUUCCUGAACACCGGAACUCCGGUCUACCGCGCGUCAAAGAGUCUCUAAAUAACCGGGUGCUGAGUCCCACGCUCGUCGGAAGCAACUGUACAGUUUACAAAAGCAUGUCACCGCGAUACGACGUGAAUCCCGCAUUCAACAACCAUUCGAAAAAAAAAAUCCAAGAAUUACUGCAACAAAUGCCCAUGAUGGACAAACUCGGUGGAGAUCAAUUGGUCCGCAAACACUUAUCGGCGGUCCAACGGCUUGACGAAAUUAUGGCCGCACGUGGUAAAUUAGUGCAAUACGCUAUGAUCUCCACGGCGGGCCUAAUGCCGCGCAGGAUUUACACUUAUAAUGCCAUUUGUGAGGGUAUGGUAACUUACGGAUGCGGUUCGUCGAUGGAAGAAGCGAUAGAAGAUGCGGCGGCCAAAUUAUUGGAAAAGCUUGCACUUGCUCCUGUACAAGCCGAUGACCAUUUACUGAAUUCAAUGGAUUCAUUAAUGAUAGACAAUAAGCCUAAUGUGAAAUAUGGCAACCACAUUGGUAUACUGCAAGAGUAUUGUCAAGCUCGUGGUUUGGAGUUACCAAUAUAUGAAUACCGUCAAGAUAAUGACACUAAAAACAAGAGGUAUAUGUACUCCGUUACAUGUUCCAUUGGGCAAUGCAAAUUCACGGGUGUAGGGAUAUCCAAGCAAAUCGCUAAAAACCAUGCUGCUCGUUUGAUGUAUGACCAAAUUAAUUCGAAUAAUGCUACAACCAAUCAGAAUUCAACAUCGAAUACCAGAAAGAAGAAACCGAUAGAUUUCGAUCAAGGUUUGUCGAAAAAUGAUGCCAAAAACAACGCUGUGAACAUAGCUUUGGACCAGAUCUACCACGGAAAAAACAAAACCAAAAUGUCUGCCAAUUACAUUGGUACACUCCAAGAGAAGUGCGCAGCUCGUGGUUGGGAACUGCCAAAAUAUGAAUACCACCAAGAAAAUGAUAAUGAAAUCCAUAAAUUAUUUUAUUCCGUGGUAUGUUCAGUAGGGCCCUACAAAUUCACGGGUGUAGGUAACUCCAAGCAACUUGCAAAAAAUCAAGCAGCUCAAAUUGUGUGUGACCAAAUUGAUUUGGAUCAACAGAACAACACUUCGGUACUUCAUAGCGAUUACACACAUGAUACAGCCGAUAAAAAGUCGAAUGCUAUGAAACGAAAAAAAGGCGAUCAGUGUAAUCGGGUUCACCCCAUGAAAAUAUGGUAUAAACAAAUAUCAUCAUCUAACAAAGAAUGUGUUCAAAAACUAAAGAGUUUCACUACCUGGGAAGAAAUUAAUAUGACUCCAUUUGAAUUUUUGACAAAACUUGCAAACGAAGAAAACUUUAGUGUCACAUAUGAACAAAUGUUUGAUAAUGUUGACGGAAAACCAGUUUUUGGAGCAAUUCAUAUAUGCUUAGCAAGGGAACAUGUCAUGACGUUUAUGGAUGAGGGAAUCACAGAUGCAGAUGCUCAAAAUUCGGUUGCCGAGAAAACAUUAAAUUACAUCAAACAUAUUAAAUAA